CCAAAAACGACGAAUAACAUCGUUUUUAAAGUUUUGAAAAGACAUGAAUCAAAUCUUUGUCCAAUUCAUUAUACAGAAGACAUAAAUAAAUAAACUAUGGCACAUUUACUUGGCUCCAAGAACUGUCUUGAUAGUCUAUUUGUAGACAUCGUGGAUGUUAACGAGACAAUUGAACAUAUUUUUGGCCGUGUUGGUACCGUAAGAUUUCCUUCGUGGAAAUAUCCUGACAAAAUUUCAAGUGAUUUAGACAUUGGCAAACUUCUUGAAAGAUAUUCUUACUCUAAAGACGAAGAACAUUGUCAGUUAUCUCAUGUUAUCCUGUUUGAGUUACUUAUUGAUAGACUUGUGUUAUUCAUGCAGUCUUUGUCGUCAUUAUGUCAUCAUGCUGUGGAUACAUCUUCUGGAAGUCGUCAGAGCUCAGCCACUUCAGUGGGCUCAGUGAUGUCAGUUGGUUUGGUUGUCAAGAAAUUCUGGAAUAAACUUUCUCAGUUGACUUGUGCAUUAAAACAUGAAUUUGUACAGGCGAACAGUAAAGACAAGAAAAUUGUGAAUCUUGAAGACCAUGUAACAAAGUUAAAAAAAGACUUAAAAGCAGCUAAACAGAAAAGUGAAAACUUUUCAUCGUGUCUGUUAAAUGGAGAAAAUCAAAAGAAUUUUGUUCAAGCAUUUGCCAAUGAUAAUAAAAGCAUCUUUAAUAAUAAAGAUGUGAAAUCUUACAUAAAUAUUCAGACACAGACUUAUGAUACUGCCUUCAUACCAUGUGAGGCAUGUAGUAGAAGCCAGGAAAAUUUAAUAGCUGUAGGUGAUAUGGUUAUAAAAUUAUGUGAAAAUCAAGGAUUACCGUCCAGUCUUGCUAAACAAAAGCGACUAUUGAAACAAUCGCUUCUAGCUGCAGCCGAUGAUAAUCUUUACGGCAAGAUGAGAAAGUCAAGGGAAAGGAAAAGGACGCUAGAGGAGAGUAUGAAAAAUUUAGAAGAAAAGACAUUAAAAGAAAAGGAAGAGAUGAAACAACUUUCAGAUGAGAUGACGAAGAAAUUGUCUGUUGUUUGUCAUGAAAUGUCUGAAAUGCAAGAAAAAUCUUCUCAGCAGAUCAAAGAAUUGACAAAAUCUAAAGAAUCGUUAGAACUGAGAGUUAAAGAAAAUGAAAUUUUGUUGAAGCAGGAUAUGGCUCAAGAAGGAAUGCAAGGUUUAUAUUUGAGUAUGGAAAAUGUGAAAGAACUUGAAAAUGAACAUGAAAAAAUGAAGUUGGAAUUGGGCAAAAUGGAAGCAAAGAAUAGAAAUUUGACAUCACAUGACGAGUCUCUUCAAAAACACCAGUCUUUACUUCAAAGAAUUGAUGAGUUAGACCAGGAUUGUGAUGAACUAAGAGAGAAAUUGAUGGAUAUUGAAGGUGAAAGAGACGAGAUCCAAGACACUUUAGAUAAAGUAAUGAAAAAAAAUGAGAAGCUUUCUAAAGAGUUCUCUGAAAAACAGAAUGAACUUGAGAGGAUUACGUCAGAGAAAAGCAGCUUAUCGCAAGUCGUUAAAAAUUUACAGGUUCAAAUGAAAUGUUUGAAAGAUGAACUGCAGGAAAAUGAAAAGAAAUUAAAAUUGAUUGUCCAGUAUCCUAUUGAUGGAAGUACUGUCACCAGUGAGGAUGUGAGUAAUCCUGCGGUUAUCACUUGCGAAAUGGAAAAACAAAUUGUUUCCAACAACAUUCGCAUUUCUAUGUUGGAAGUGAACAACAGCAAACUACGAGAUUUAAUUAAAAAAUUAAAUGAAAAAGUAGAUAAAGACGAUGCAAGAAAACAAAAGAUGAGUGAGCCUGUUCCUCUUUGGCUUUCUCAAAAUGAUUCAUCAAACAAAAACAAAGCGAAGACUUCAUCUGUAGACAGAAUCCAGUCUGAUGGCGUAAAUGACGUGUAUCUCAACUCUGGGACUAAGACUUCAAGUGAGUUUAUUAAAUCAUCGGACAACUUUCGGCCAUGUCCGCCAUCCGGAAUGAAACCUUCAUCAAAAGAAUCUACAUGUUACAACAGAGUUGUUGAUAAACGUCAGACGCGUGUACUGAGUGCUAAAAUAUGUCAUAGCAAUAAACAUAAAGCUGAUUUGAUACGCGCUACUUCGGCAGGGGGUCUGGGUUCGACCAUUGCAAAGCAUGACGAUAAUAAUGGGAUAACAUAUGAAUGCAUGAACAUGUUUAUCUGUGAAGGAUGCGAUAAAAUGUACACGACUCGUAAGGAUUUAGAUAUUCAUAAAGCAUUUUGUUAUGAAUUAAAGUAGUAAAACAUCCAUUAUUACAUCAUAAA